GUAGGAUUGGUCAUCGUGCGCUAUUUCCUUUAUUUCCUCCACAGUGAAGACUUCAGCUGGAGAUAUGAGAGCAGAGUCCUUUUCGCUGCAAAUGUCUCCCAGGUUGACAAGGAAGCAAGAAGUGAUGUUAAAGAUGACAACUUCGUCCAAAUCUAGCAUAUCCUUUACCUCAUUAUAGCUUGACUGAACUUCAAUGAACCUUCCAAGUCUCACAUUUGAGCCCUUUUCUGCUUUGUAUUGUUUUUCUGACAAAACAUACAUAGUCUUGCACUGAUUUGGACUCAGCAGUGUCAUGGAAUCCAUGAGCAGGAAAUGAAGAGACUUGAAAUGGAAGUGGUCUUCAUAGAAGCUAACAUUCACGCCCGAUGUCUUCACUGCAUGGUCCAAUUUGUUUUUAAAUGUUUCAUCUGCGUUAACAUAUGCCAUAAGUGCAGAAGUAUGUUCUUUUUGUUUUCCAUGUAACAGCUUUGAACACUGGGUAUUUGUAUUCCAUGCUUUCUGGAAUGUUUUACUGCCAAUUAGCUCUUGUUUUAACAGAUCUGAAUGGAUAAACUUUUCCAGUGCCUCGUUACGGCAUCCACUGUACAUGUCAUCUACAGCAUCUGGGGCCAUGUCCAGUUCCAGCGGUGUUGCGCUCUCUGCAGUCUCCUUUAAUUGAGCAUGGAAUUCAAAAUAUAGGACUUGUCACUUCCUUCAUCCCUUGUUGGUCCAGUAUGAGCCUGCUGAAGCUCAGAUAUGCAGAGCACUGAACUGUUCAGUUUGAAUGGCAGGAGCUGAAGGACCAAUGAUUGACAACAUAGCCUACCAUCCUGUCAUCCAUGGUUGUCUGCUCGGCUAUUUUAUGGGAAGAGGGAUACUGUUGUUGUUCCCGUAAACCCUGCCAUCAGCGAUGAUGAUAGCUCAGAGGAAGAAGACAAUGAUGUGGCAGAUCCCGACUUCCUUCCACCCACCCACAACCUGGACAUCGGUGGCCCUUCUGCCAAAAGGAAGUGCGUGCGGCUUGCAGUGGAGGUGCUUGUAGAUGAGGACCUGGAUGAAAACGAGGACCUGGACGAAAAUGAUGAAAAUCAAGAGCCGGCAAAGAGGCCAGCCAACAAAAGGAAGCCAGAACCCCGGCGAACUCUCUGGAAGAAGGUUGACCUGGACAACCCACCCCUGCCUGAAUACCAGCACAUUCCCCCUGACUUCAUCCAAAGUCCAUUUGAUUAUUUCAGCAGGUACUUCAGUCACGAAGUAAUCUUGCACGUAACAUAUCAAACCAACUUAAAUGCAACCCAGAUGAACAUCAACACCACCUUUGCCACCACUGAGGAUGAAAUUAUGAACUUUGUGGCUAUACUCAUCUACAUGGGGAUUGCUGAGCUGCCCUCCGUUGAUGACUACUGGGCAAUGGAGACCAGGGUCUCACAAGUUGCAAAACUGAUGUCAUCCAAGCGCUUCAAGUUAUUGAAGAGGGUUGUCCACUUCAAUAACAAUGAUCGCUUCUUCAAAGUCUGGCCAUUGUUCAACUAUCUGGUUACUGCCUUCAGAAAAGAGCCAGAGACCCCCAAGCAGUCUGUUGAUGAGGUGAUGGUUGCCUACAAAGGCAAGACUGCUGGCAACCUGAGGCAGUACAUAAAAUCCAAGCCAGACAAAUGGGGUUUUAUUAUUCGCCAUUAUAUACCUCAAGAGCAAGAACUGCCGGUACACAGGAACAGUCAGGGACAACAGGACUGGCAAUGCUCCACUCAGGCCCAUCAAAAAGAGAUGAUGAAGAAGGCUGUCCCUCGUGGUACCUGUGACUACAUCACUAGUGAUGAUGGGAUCCUGAUGGUCAGGUGGAAAGACAACAAGGUUGUCACUCUGAUGUCAACAGACAUGGGGGUAGAGCCUUGGUCCUCAGUCUACAGGUAGUGCAGUGAAACCAAGCGAAAGGGACAAGUGAGCUGUCCAUAUCUCAUCAAGAGCUAUAAUGCAAACAUGGGAGGGAUUGACAAGAGUGACAUGCUGGUCCACCUCUACCGCACUCCCUUGAGAGCCAAGAGAUGGUACAUGUGGCUCUUUGCAUAUGCCAUUGAUGUCAGCCUCACUAAUGCCUGGAUAAUAUAUAGGCGUGACAGCAAGGCUUUUGGUGUGAAUGAUGGCCUGUCACUGAAGAACUUCAGGAUCCAGGUGUUCAAGACAGCCAGUAGCUCAAAGUCAAUGACAUCUCGACCCCGCAGGAGCUCAGCACCACUGUCAGGCAGUUCCAGCACCUCUGCUGAUAUCCCCAAGCCUAUCCGGGGACACCGCAGUCACGUGCCACACUACUCUGUGCGGUUUGAUGCGUCACUGUUCCAUGCCCCUGUCUAUAGCAAAAGCCGCCAUACCUGCAAGCAAUGCAGCAGGAAGGGUAACAUCAUGAGGUCAAACCUUCUCUGCAGGGUCAGCCAGCUCCAUCUGUGCCUCAAUGCUGAGCGCAACUGCUUUGUCAAGUAGCAUGAAGCAGUUGCCUAAGUGACUGAAAUGGCCUGAACUUGACUGACACGAGAAGAAAUGAGUUCAUUAUGCAAUGUUCCUAAAUGGUCUAUGACAGUGGCCAGUAUUUGUUCCUCAGGAGAAAAACAUGUUCUUAUAGUUUUUAUACAUGCACUUUUUAAAAAACAAAACAAAAUGUGUUUAAUGUUUAACCAUGAUCCUCAUGGCUGCUGAUAUUUUAUUUGUUGUUUAGAAUUAUUUUGUAUUCAUCAAGUAUUUAUGAUUUAUUUAUUUUUCUUUGAUCAAUUAUAAAGUUUGUUUCACAUAUUAUUAUUUAUUUACAAUUUCCUUUGCCAAUGUUUUGACUGUUACUGUUGUAACAAGUGGUCUUGUUAUCGGUUCCAGAAACGGUUCUGAACUGAAUGUUAUGUGUAUGUGUAUUUGUUGUGUUUUUCUUGUAUGACAGUCAUGCCAGUAUCAGUACCUCAAGACAGAGAUGUCUCUAAAUAAAUGUUCCAUGCAG